AUGACCCUGAGUGAGGCUUAUGAGCACAUCAAGAUCGACUACAACGUUAUGAUUAAUGGGAAGAUGGUAUAUAAGGCCCUCAAGGAAGCAAGGGAGCGUGUGAUUGGCAACGAGAGAGCACAAUACAGCAAAUUGAAGGACUAUCUGUCAGAAAUACAUAGGAGUAACCCAUGGAGCUCCACCAUUCUCGAUGUGACACCAAUCCUUCAGUCUCUUCCACUGUUUAACAGGCUAUACAUCUCUCCAGAUGCAUGUAAAAGGGGUUUUAAAACUGGGUGUAGAAAAUUAAUCGGUCUUGAUAGUUGUUUCUUGAAGGGAUACUUUGGGGGCCAGCUAUUGUCCGCUGUAAGUCAAGAUGCAAAUAAUCACUUCUAUGUGAUAGCAUUCGCUGUUGUUGACAAUGAAACGAAGGAGAGUUGGAAGUGGUUCCUCAUCUUGUUACAAGAAGAUCUUGGAGAUCAAGACAUUCAUGAGUGGAAUUUUAUCUCGGACCAACAAAAGGGAUUAUACAAGGACAAGCAAGUCAAGAAUGUUGUAUGGGAAUGUGCUAAAUGUACCACUGAUGCUAAAUUCCAAGCAAGUAUAAAGAAGUUGAAAAGGAUCAACGAAGAAGCAUGGAGUUACCUAGAAAAAUUUGAGCCUGCUUGCUGGACCAAAGCUCACUUCAGUCACGGGCCAAAGUGUGACAACCUCACCAAUAACAUGUUUGAGGUUUGGAAUGAAAAAAUGGUGAACUACCGGUCAAAAUCAAUUCUUACAAUGUGUGAGGAACUUUGGUGCUAUAUCAUGCGACGGAUGACCAAGUACAAACAAGUAUUGGAGACACACAUCGGAACUGAGAUCGCACCUACUCAACAGAAAAAUCUUGAUGACAUUAUGAAGGAUAUUAGAUAUUGGCGGCUAGUUUGGGUUGGUGAUGAUGAAAGGAGAGUCUUCGAGGUUCAACAAGGCUCCAAGAAGCUUUCUAUCAACCUGUCUACAAACAAAUAUACAUGCAAGACUUGGCAAUUAACUGGUCUUCCUUGCGUUCAUGCACUUGCUACCAUAGCUAGAAGGGGUGACAGACCUGAGACAUAUGUCCACCCUCUGCUUAAGAUUGGGCCAGCAAUAGCAACAUACCAACAUUGCAUACAACUUAAUGUGGUUGAUCAUCCUAAUCCAACUCAGUCCGCAGCUAAUGCACCAGGUUCUGUGUCUAGUAUGGGUGCAGCAAAUUCUGGAGCAACAACUCCCCAAAGUGCAAGGGCCAAGAAGUCUAUCAUUAGGACCAUAAUAUCCUGCACCAGUCCAGUUUAG